GCAGUUGAGUAUGAUAAGAAAUUAUUUGGGUUCUGGAAACGUUAGAAAUAAAAUGGAGAAUGGGAACGCCGCUCCCACUGCGGUGCUCGCUUCGGAUCCGUGGUCGCUGCAGGCGACUGGUGUUACCAGCUCGGCAGACGACACGUCGCGCCUCUGCCUCGUCACUGAGCCCGACGACCAGGGUGGGAGAGACGUGCUGGGACUCAGCGUGGAUGUGUCGAAUCGCCGUUAUUCGUCCUACAAGUCAGCACCAUAUAUUGGCCGCUGCAUACACAUCGACGAUGCCAUACUGAGCUGCAGUUUAAAAUGUCUUACACCGCAUCAUCUCUUCAACAAAGCGAACGAUGAAUUGUCGAAUACCACCGUUCUGUGGACUGAACCAGUCAGAGACGCUCGUCGCCACAACAUAUUCGGCAACGUCACCUUCACCGUGGCCUGGUCCGACAUGUACAGGCAGUUUGGCCCUAAUAUGUACUAUCUUCGGCAACGUACUUCUCACAACAUUACAACUGAAAUACUGAUCACUAAAAAACGUUUUAACACCUUAGAAUUAGUUGAUUUCAAUGCCAAGAAUGCUCCUGUAAGAAGAGGAGAAUGCAAUUGUGCAUCAGAGAGCAAAAUGUGUAACUGUGGUUCGUUGAAAUACGCAACAAAAAUUCGAAGAGGUAAAUCAAGUAUCAGGCAUCAUAUACAAAUAGCCGUUGAUGCCACAAUCUGGGAGGGUUUUUGGGUCUAUGCUCUGAGCACCAUUGUACUGAAUGACCACCAGCAUAAUAAAUUUUGUUUCAGGCAGGAAUACGUAAAACCCAAGAGGCCUUGUCAGUUUUAUUGUGACGCAAGCCAAGUCCAAACUAUUUUAUGGCUACAAUGCCACCACGAACUUGAUGAGGAUUUUAGGCGCGAAUGGUAUGAUAGAUUUUGGCAGAAUUGGAUGCAUCAUUUUGAAAGUUACAGUCAAUCUCUACCAUAUUAUUUUAAAUAAGCAUUUAAGGGACAUCUGUCUCAUCAGUCAAAUUUGAAAGAUUUUUGGCUCUUUUACAAUUCCACGUCGCAUGAAAUUUAUUGCAUUGUUUUGAUCACUGCGGAUUGGAGAAGAUUAGAGCAAGUGCAGUGCAUGGGCAGAUAUAUUGGUGCCGGGUUGGGCUCCCUUUUACAAACAUUAUACAAGAUUUUAGUUGUUUUAAAUCGCAAAGAUAACUCAACUUUUUAUUUAACACGCUUCGAGCUUUUUCUUAGUUCGCGCUUUCUCGUACUUUAUUAAGUACGAAAUUAAUUAGAUAAAUGAUAUGAUUUGUGCUCGAUUGGAAGGUGGUGUUAUGGUCAAGAAAUGUCAUAUGGUCAAAAAAUUCUGGUGUUAUGUCAAGAAAUGUACCUGCUAUAUUAUAAUUCGUGAAUCGACUGUCCUAUGCUACUCAAUCAUCUGCCAAGAUUACAAACAUUUUUGCAACGUCUAACACUGUGGGUUCGAAUAAUUUUCUGUACUGACCUUCACAGCCAAAAUUAUUGAAACAUGUAUUAAUUGCAAUUUAGAUGCUACCGAGGUAUAGUGAACCGGGAAAUCGCUAUAACAGAUGCCGUUUGUUUAGGCUAAGCUUUCCCGUUUUCACCAGCACAUACGAUUUUUUCGCAAGCACCGAUGAUGUUCUCACAAACACGCUAUACUUGCACGCACAAUGUCAGAUAAUAUCUGCAGAUAACGCACACGGCGCAUUUAGAAGUGAUUUUAUUCCAGUUUCGCUGUGAACGUUUAUGCGUCAAUAUUGAUUCCAAGGUCGUCCUACUUCAGCAACGAAUUUUUCAUCAACUAGCCUGACUCAUGAAGCUGUUUGUAUCAAAUCAGUUUUCAAUUGCCCAAAUUUAGUAGUUGAAUCGACUCUUAAGUAUAAGAUGAGGGCCCCCAAGCAUUGAUUAAUUAUUUAGCUAGUACAUUUCACAGCACAUUACGUAUGCCCUUAUAGGACGUUUUCAACACCUCAUAUAUUUUUCGCAUCAGUCCCGACAGAUUCGGGUUAGGCGGAACCGUCACUCCCAAUUUUUGUGUGUUAAGGAGAUGAUCACAAAAAUGACGAGCAGCUGUGGUUGAAAUCAAGUUCGUUGAAUUUGAAAUUUGGUAGUUGCGAUUUUUGUACUUAGCUGUACAAAUGCGUGGAGGGGGUGAGGGUCUGGGGCCUGCAGCGGCAUGAGCGCAACAGCAUCAACUUCAGGCGUACGGUGCGACAGAACAGCUACUUCCACAGACCUGCAUUGGACGUUCGAAAAGUUAUGAAACACGUGAACUGCGAGCUAACGUUGCAGGUAUAGCAGAUCUCUCUACUGCAAACAUAUUCAAACUAGCGACAUUCGAAAUGCAGCAUAGCGGGAUCGCCUCACCUUUGGCAUCACUGGCUUCACACAUAUGGACCCACAGCGGGAGCGCAGCCGUGCACCUCCAAUUUUGUGCACCAAUAAGCGCUGAAUCGAACGCCUUGGAUCUAUCCGAACAUCUACCAAUCAGCCGUUAACCACUCGGCUUUGUCCUCCUCCGGCCUUGCAUAAAACCUGCCGUGCA